AUGGAACUUUUCGAGACCCCACUGUAUAACGGCCGGGUAUUCGAAAACCCACGUUCUUUCAAUGGCUGGAAGGGCCUUCCUGGUCUCAGGGAUAUCUUCAGAUGGCGAUUUGUGGAGAGAAACGAGUCUCAUUUACCUAGUCAAGCUGUUCUUAAUCAUUCGUUACCAGUUCAAGUACCUCAAUUUGAUUUCACGUCCAAACUUUCUGCCACUUGGCUUGGCCAUGCUACUGUUUUUGUGCGUUUAGAAGGUAUUUCCUUCAUCACGGAUCCCGUCUGGACUCCUAGAGCUUCUCCUUUCCGAUGCAUUGGCCCUUUUAGAUACCGUCCUCCGCCUUGCGAUAUUGAUGACCUUCCUCCCGUAAGUCUUUAAUUAAUUUAGCUUUAUUUCCAGUUACACUUCGGUGUCAUAUCUCAUAAUCAUUACGAUCACCUGGAUGCAGACGCGGUUAGUACAUUAUCCGCAAAAUUCCCUGACAUGGAGUGGUUUGUUCCUAAGGGUCUUAGUGAUUGGAUGAGGAGACAUGUGUGCAACAAUGUUAUUCAUGAAAUGACAUGGUAUGUCCCUUGAAUUUUUACAUUUGUUUUUACAUUUAGUGGUGAUGACCUCUAUUUAUUCAGGGGCGAAAGUGUGACACUGGCUCUGGCAGACGGGAAAUACCAGAUUUGGUGUAUUCCGGCACAACAUUGGAGCAGUCGGAAUCUCGUGGACAAGAACAAAUCCCUUUGGUGCGGGUGGGCGAUCAUUGGAAUGGAACGUAAAUUUUACUUUGCUGGAGAUACCGGCUUCUGUGAAACUGAAUUCGCGAAACUUGGAAACAACCUAGGUCCUUUUGAUCUGGCAGCUAUUCCAAUAGGAGCGUAUUCCCCAAGGUAAGCGCUGCAAACAUACAUAAAUAAAUGCAUUGAACGAAUUAGGUGGUUUAUGAAAUCACAGCAUGUUGAUCCAGAAGAAGCUGUAAGGAUGCACAAAUUAAUUAAAGCCGUCACAACAAUUGGAAUACAUUGGGGCACAUACAAGAUGGGCUCGACCGAGGUAAGGAAAUGUGUCAAUGAAAACACCAAAUUUAGAGUUACCUUGAACCACGCUCAAAGUUGCGACAGGCAGUAGAAAAAGCGGGGCUAUCAGACCGAGCAGUGCUAACAUUAGAUCACGGCGAGACAUGGACCGAAGACCCCAAUUCACGGUAUUCAUCCGUCUCUUCCAUGGACAGUACUUGA